ACCCGCACACAGCCACUCUCUCUCAUCUCAUCAUCAUCAUCAAAUUUGCCUCUCUUUUUUACUCCUCUUCAUCUCUUUCCCCCUCCAUGCCAAAGAUCGCCACUGUGCGACACCACAUGGCACCACGCCGCAACGCGCCAUGCUGCCUCCACUGAUUGCGUGCGCGUCCAGGCCAAGCUCCGUGGCACCCAUGGCCGCGCCUAGGUAGCAGCUACUAGCCGACGAAGCCAAGCCACGCCCCACCGAGCGAAGAAGACGACAAUGGUGGCGCCGCGCCAGUGCGCCGACAGUGGCGGCGAUGGCGGUGAUGAUGGCGACCUCCUCGAACGCGACGCGCCGCUGCGGCUGGCGCUGUCCGUGCUCCACGACCUGCUCGGCGUGGCCGCCUUCGCCGCGUCCCACCCGCUCCACGCCGCGUACGCGCUCUUCUUCGCGCGCCACCUCCUCGCGCUCGCCUGCUUCUUCUCCCCGCUCCUCGCCACCACCGCGCUCCUCCUCGCCGUCCUCGUCACCGUCGCCCCCUGCGCCGGCGCCCGCCGCGGGGGGGACUCGCCGCCGGAGCCGUGCUCGCUCGGGUGGACCUUCGGCAUUGCCGUCGGCGCGCUCCGCGCCGAGCUCAGGCCGGACCCGGACGGCGCUGGCGGUGGCGCCGUCGCGCUCCUUGCCCAGCUCUGCUCCUUCGUCCUCGGCCCCGGCGACGCCGCCUCCGUGCUCCGCGUCGGCGAGAUCAUGGGUGAGCUCUGCGACACCGGCGAUUCUUGCCUCAUUCUAGAACACAAGCCAGCCGUGCUGUUCGACCACACCGAGCUCGAGCUCCCAUGGCAUCAGGCCGCCAUUGACGCCCAAAUCUCCAUGGAUCAAGAGGUUCUUGACGAGAUCAAGGACGGAAUCGAGGAGAAGAAGGUCGUUCUCGAGGAUCUAAACCAGCUAAGUGCUCCGCAUUUUUCUUCAGAGAAUUGUUCAUCGAGGAGCGACACGUCGGUGCAAGACAUUCAGCGACAGAGCUUUGGUUCGUCAUCAGAUGGCGAUGGGUUCAGUGAUGGCGUUGAGGAGAAGAGACUGGAGUGUGACCCUGUCUCAGUGGAGAUCAAGAAAUGCGAGCCUCCCGCGAAAUCGCUUUCUUCGGUUUCUCGGAGAAUCUUGCAGUGGGAGGCGCAGGCUUCUGGCAAUUUCAAGAAAGUUCUUGAUGAAAUGGAGGAGAAUUCGGUGGAUUUCAGUUUGGAGAAAGCCUCGUUCCUGGAUUUCAAGGAAUGCAACAAAUUGGAUGGUGGAGCUUACACUGAAAAAUGCGAAGUUGAAGAAAUUGCUUCUGUUGCAGAGUCUGGCAUGCACCAAGAAGAACAAGUAUUCAAGGAUGUGAAAGAAUGCGUGCAAUCUGAAGCUGAAACCUGCACUGAGAAAUGCAGCAAGGACCAGCAAUCUGAAGAAAGCGUAGUGGUGGUUCAGUCUGAAGAAGAAUGGCAAGAAGAGAACCUCAAAAUUGUUCUUCCUGAGCCAGAAAUGCAAGAUCAGGAGUACAAAGAUGUGGAACCUGUCAAAGAAUUGCAGGAUCAGGAGUACAAAUUUCUGCAACCUGAAGAAGAAGAAGAACAGCAAGAACAAGAUUCUGAAAAUGAUGCACAACCUGAAGAACAGUUACAAGAGCAAGAUUGUGACAAUGGCGUGCAACCUGAAGAAGAAGAAGAAUCGCAGGAGCACGAGAUGCGACUGCAAGAAUCGCACGAUGAUCAGGAGGAGGAGUUCAAGGACGCGGCGGACCAAGAAUCUCCAAGGGAGGAUCCCCUCCGGCCGUCGACGUCGAUCGCGCGGCGGGUGCACUCGCGGACGUCGUCGGAGCACCUCCUCGUCGUCGGCGAGGGGUCGCCGCGGAAGGAGAAGGAGUGGAAGCGGACGUUGGCGUGCAAGCUCUACGAGGAACGGAUGCAGCUCAAGCUCCGCCGCGACCGCGCCGUCGUCGAGUCGUCCAGCGACAACAUGGACAUGCUCUGGGAGGCCUACGAGGUCGGCGGCGGCGGCGGCGGCGCCACCUCCACCAAGGGCGGCGCCAGCAAGGCGAAACGCAAGCAAGAACGAGCCACCGUCGAACGCAAGCAAGAACACGCGACCGCCGACGAGGAAGACGACGACGACGACGGCGACGAGGAGGAAGGCUCGGUGAGGCAGCUCUGCUGCCUCCAGGCUCUCAAGUUCUCGACGAGGAAGAUGAGCUUCGGCGGCGGCGGCGGCAAGCCGAGCCUGGCCAAGAUCUCCAAGGUGCUGAGGAGGGUGGCCGCGUUGUCGAGGUCCGGAUCGCGGCGAAGCACCAAAGGUUGAAGAAGAAGAAGAAGAAGAAGAAGAAACACCAGCAAUGGCGAUGAAUCCAUCCAAUCCACCAUGGACUCAAUGCGUUGCAUCAACCAGCAAUGGAUUGCUCACUGUAUUUGUGCUCCUUUUUAAUUGCUCGAAUUUUUCUUCUUUUUCUUUUUCUUUUUCUUUUUCUUUUUUGAAGUUUGUGUAGAUAUAUGAUAUAUGUGUACCCAAUGGUUUCAGAGAGAUUGGGUCUGGUAAUUACAGGGCUGUCACUCUGGCAUGCUCAAUGUAAUAAAGCUUAAUUGGGUGUGUGUUACUUUUGUUAGCUUUGUGUAAAUUUCUCCAUGGGAGGGACUAUGGGUAAGGCUUUGGUGUCUAGUU